AUGAUUGCUCUUCAUGACAUAACUGCAUGUCGAUUCCCUGGUGCACAUGCUUUUUUUAGACCUUACGGGAAGCGAUCAUUUCCUCGAUAUGCAAAAUUAUUUCGAGAACUGGGAGGUGAGCAGUGUGGUGUUAAUUUAUUGUCGGGUCACAUACUUUCGACAAAUCUCACUGAACUUGUUGAACAGGAGAAAAUUUACGGCGAUUUUGUGUAUAAUUUUCGGUAUCUUCGUGAGGAUGAGAUGCAACAGUUCGCUGAUCAAGGAGAAGACAAACGUGUUUAUGCGAUACACUAUACCGCAUAUACGACAGAAGGUGGUAAAUAUGUGCCCUGGAUGAAAAGGCAAUUGCUGAACAAAGGAGUACGAUUUGUGCAGCGUCAAAUUAAUACAGUCAGAGAUCUCUUUCCUGAUUUCGAUGUAAUUGUGAAUUGCGCGGGAUUGAACGGCGGAAAAGUAGCUGGUGAUGGUGACGACAAGAAUAUGUUUCCUAUACGGGGGAUUAUUUUCGAAGUCAACGCAACAUGGCAUAACCACUUCUUAUAUAAAGGAUUCGAAACUUUUACAAUACCUACCACAGACAAGGUGUUCAUAGGAUCAGUGAAACAGGCAGGCCGCUACGAUCUUGCAAUCAAACCCAGUGAUCGGGCAGAUAUCCUGGGUCGCUAUUAUCGGCUUCAGCCAGCCAUCCGUAAUUCGGCGAUUUUGAGUGAAUGGUCAGGUUUGAGACCAGGUCGAAAAGGAGGUGUAAGACUUGAAAUGACAACAUUUCGUUACCCCGCUCCUUCAGCGCGUUACUCAGUUCCUUCUUCGGAAAGUGAAGCACAAGAAAGAAUUAUUACGAAUUCGGCGAUUUUGAGUGAAUGGUCAGGCUUGAGACCAGGUCGAAAAGGAGGUGUAAGACUUGAAAUGACAACAUUUCGUUACCCCGCUCCUUCAGCACGUUACUCAGUUCCUUCGUCGGAAAGUGCAGCACAAGAAAGAAUUAUUACGGUAGUGCACAAUUAUGGACAUGGUGGGCAUGGUUUGACCCUGAGCUGGGGCUGUGCUGAGACAGUAGCGGAUUUUGUUGUGGGCAAAAGCACAGAGCCUGCAUAA